CGACAGUCGAUGCAGUGAUGUGCUCAUAGAAUUUUGCUCAAACCUGCUGUUCAGCAUUCGCAUCCGUCAUGGAUCGCGGCGGUGGUGGUGGUGAGCUGGACGUAAGUGAUGGUGAGGCGGAGCAGGCAGCGCAACAGCACCAUGGAACUGCAGAGGGCGCUGACGAAGGCGCAUCACAGCACCCUGCGCGUCGCCCUAUGAACGCCUUCCUCCUCUUCUGCAAGAAGCACCGCAGACAGGUUCGCGAGAAAUACCCUCACCUGGAGAACCGUCAGGUGACCAAAAUACUAGGCGAGUGGUGGGCAGAUUUGGACGCGAACGAGAAAACAGGUUACCAGGAACUAGCGCGUCAGCUCAAGGAAGCGUUCUUGAGGGCGAACCCUGACUUUAAAUGGUACAAGAUCCCCUCGCAGCCCCCACGGCCUCCUCCAGCGCGACCAUCCAACCAGAAGGUCCCGAGGCAUCAGCCUAACCCGACCUCAACUUCCGCUAUCACCUUUGGCAAACUUGCUGAUGAGAAUUUGAUGGGCAGACUGAGCACUCUGCUGUCGCCUGUUCCAAGCUCUACAGCCCUGCACUCCUCCGACUUGUUACUAGGAUCAUCAAGCGCGCAUUGUGAGAUUUCUGCGAGAGAAGCGUCGUUUUUUGACCGCCCGGAGACACUUGAUCAAAAUUGCGGCGAAGCAUCUGUGUGCCCCACAAGCGAAGAGGCAUUGACGCUAAACCUCACCCACGCAACGGUCAUACACGUGCCCCUAAGUAGUUCACAUGCUGCGCUCUGGCGUCACGCUGCCUCCAAUUCUAUUGUGAGUCUUCCUCAGCCUAAGACAUCCUGUCUAAGAAACCAAGAACAAGUGCUCGUGUACGAGUGCGACUCACGCAGGGACUUGAUAAAAGUUGAAGAUGAGGACUUGAUAAAAGUUGAAGAUGAGGACUUAAUAAAAGUUGAAGAAGAAGGCAUAAAAAACGAAGGUGAACAUCUCUGGUCUUCAUCUAGUUUGAAUGAUCCCGAGUUUUCAAGAUCUUUUUCUGUUCCCAAACCAAAGCAAGAGAGCUUUUUCAGCAGCAUCUCUAGCUCUGAUCGCAGCAGACCUCAAGCUCCUAACGAACAAAUUAUUUUGCUUGAAAGUUCCGGAGGAUCGUCAACAGUUUUGCGAGUGCCGAGUUUCAACCGCGGUGUCUUGCCUUCCGCUAUCGAAGACUCAAUCAUAGCGCACAAAGAGGACAUCGCUGUGAACGCCCUCAGCUCGCUUGCCAGCUCCUCUUUCGUCAUUGCUAACGGAACUUCAUCUGAGAAUUAUAAUACCAGCAGCAUUGCUCAAACAUCAUCAACGUGUGUUCAAGUUAUUCCUGCUAAUGACGUGUCUAGCCCUAACUGCAUGAACAGUACUGCGUCGGUGUCAAGCGGUGGUGCUGUAACCUACGGUCCAAUCGCUGCCUGCUCUAUAUCUGAGAGCAGCUCUAUCUUUUCGUCUCAGGUUCCGUCACCAAAUAUAGCAUCCAGUUAUUCUAAUUGUGUUUCUGCAAACGAUACAACUGUGACGUACGCACCGGUCUUCAGUUCCCCCGACUGGAGCUACUCGAAAACAGUGCACAUGUCUCAAACGCCUCCACAAAUUUCCAAGACAAACAAUUACAAUACUUCCGUUAACGGCAACGCGUCGCAUCUAAUUUCUAUGAACUAUUCAGGCUGGGCUGCAAAUCCUAUUUCCCUUGGUGGCAACGUUUCUAGGCAGGCCACAUCCUUGGCAACAACAGCAUCAAAAUCUACUCCGUCCGUUAGUGUCAAUGUAAAUCGACCAUCACCAACAGCUUCAGCAUCAAUUGGUGGCACUGCAUCUCAAAUGUCAACAUCAGUGACCACUUCAGCGGCUUCUCCAAACCAUGUUGGCAAUGCGACCCUAUUGUCAUCAACAUCGGCAUCGGCAGCUUUUAGUAGCAACGCUUCCCAGUUGACAGUUACGGCACCAGCGGCCCUAGCAAGUCCCAUUGCAAACUUUCACAGUUCGAUCGCAGAGCCUUUCAGAAGUGUGACGUCCUCGACCACACACAUGACGCCUCCAAAGCCUCCCAAGAAACGCUACCUGCACGAGACUAUGCUCAGGCCUUCGGCUUCCCCUCCUCUCGAUAAUGCAUAUAAAAAUAAUAACAAUAACGAUGCCAAUGCCAAUGAUUACAACAAAGAUACUGAUGCCAAACGCAUCAAGUUAUCGCAUUGGUCUGAGCCUUUGCUCAGCACUACUUCGCCUAAGGUUGGUGAAGAGAUCAACGUUUCCUCGAGGUCCACCGCGCGAGAUUCGCCCAACUUGACUGCGGCCUCUUCCCAAAGCUCAGUGGAUCUCGCGAGCAGACCUGCAUCAACCUCUUGGCCUUACCGACCAGAUUCUUCGUAUCCUAACGCUUCUAUUCAAUAUUACUUGCCCUCCAGUGAAGCAUCUACCCGCCCUCAUGAACAAAACCUAGGCCCGCCUGCGUACGUUGAACAGCAGCAACAACCGCUCAACUUGACGCACUCUCCUCUAGCGUCACCUUCCCCCUCGCCCGUAUCUCGAGCCAGCCGUCCAUCUCCUACGAUCAUGUGUGGAAAUUCUGUAUCUCCCGUUAAUUCCGUGUCUCCAGUCAAUGCUGUGUCUCCCUCAAAUACCAUGUCGCAUGUAGAUGCUCCUUUAUCGUACGGAAGUCCCGCGCUCCGACCAUCACCUCCUUUGAUAAGUGGAGACCGAGCGUCACCCCUUACCUCGACAGUAGAUCAGCCGCUGAAUUUAAUCAUGCAAUCUGGUGAAGAACGACAGGAGAAAGGAAAGGAACCUCAAGCGCCAGUCAGUGCGGGAGUGACUACUUUAGCAGUUCAAGCCUCGCAUCAGUCCAUCAUCGACAUGGUCGUGGACUGCCUUUAUAAAACCCCAGAUGUUUCAAGAGAUAUCUCUUCUUCAAAGCAGAAUGAGCUAACUAAUGAUCUUAACAUCACUAAUAGUAAAAGAAGUACCAUGGGUGCAUUGACUUUUACGGUUUUGCCUGAGAACAGUCCUGUGCCUCAGCUCAAUCGUCAAAGUCAACCGAAAAUAUACUGUCACAAUAAUACCGCGGAUGAUGUUGUAGCUACUUGCGCGACUGGGUCUCGCCUAAAAGUUCCUCGUCGUCCAAUUCCCACCGAAAAAAAUUCAAUUCGUAAAGUUGUUCACUCUUCUUCUUUAGUAAUUACGCCCUCUUCUGAUGCUGUUGUCCCAUUACCAUUGAUACCAUCGUCGGUGUCGGAUCGCGAUGAAAAUAAAGUUCAGUCACCAGAUACUGGUCAGAUACAUGGGACUGACGGCGCCAGUGUUAUGGAGAGUCCAUUGGCUAAUGAAGCUCCGGCCUCAAGGUCUGGUGAGAAUGAUAUGACGGAAGAUUCAGAGGUUACUUCACCAUUUAGGAAGAAAUCUAAUCAUCGCUUGAGAGCUUCUAGAGAGAAGAAUGCUGUCAAUAAACUUGCAGAAAAUUCUAUUCCUAAGAAUAACAUAUCUGAGAGCCAAGUGAAAAAAGUUCCGGUUCACAAGACUCCUACAAAAGUCAAAGUGUCUAAGAGAAAUUCUGCUCAGAACGAUUCCGCUCAUGCUGAGUCGAACCCUAACAAUGCUGUCACUGUCAUCAACAAUGAGGCCGCUUCGAGUCCCGCUGUUUCAUCGUCAUGUCCUACAGUGACAUCGAACGAGUUUGUUGCUGUUACGAUUUCCGAUCAAGCUUCAGCAACUUCAGCGCCAGACCGACCUAGUGCAGCCGAAUCUCCCACACCUAGAUUACCAGAACCAACCCCUGAACAGCACCGUCGUAUCAUAGACCAGACAAUCAUCAGCUCUAUCAAUCGAAACACCAUCGACAAGGAGAAAGAAGAUCGCGACUUCGAAUUGUUCUGCAAGUCACAGCGCGCGCUGGAGCUUGGUGUGGUGGUGGGGAGUGGUUUUAAUUCUAACCCAGUGUUAAUCGGUGCUAGUGUACCAAAAAAUGUCAUAAGUGAGACUGAAAACCCUACUUCUCGGAACAAUAAUCAGCUAUCGAGUAGUUCUAGGAACGUAAAUACGUUAAAUUCUACAUGUAGUACAGAGCCUCCAGGUUCGCCUUUGAAAGAAUCUUCUGAGGCAGUGAGAACUAUACCUAGUGCUGUAUCUAGGAGCAAUAAUAGUGUAAGGCCUAAUGAUUUCAGUGCGCGUAGUGAGGUUAGUGCAGUUGACAGUUUAUCUACCUCUUCUGCUGUGACAAUCGCUUUAUCUGGUGUAACCGUUUCUCGGCCCCUGACUCCUAACUCUAACCUACCGCCGCCCUUUAAUUCCAUCCAUGCUUCUUCGAUCUCUGCGAGUGAACUAUCGAAGAAAAAUAAUAUACUGCACCGGACUGAUCACAGCCUUGCGAAGAAGGCACGUCGAGGGGGCUGGUCGGGCCGAUCAGGCGAGGGUGGGGCGGGAAAUCGAGCGAGUCGCGCCUGUAAGGGCAAACGCUACCAGGAAAUGAUGGAUGAAGGCGUCUUACAGUCGGGACGUCGGGCACGCACGCGCACCUCCCUCCACCAAAGCAGAAUGGACGAAGGUGAUCGAGGCGACGAGCGAGACGAUGACCCAAAGACCAUGGAGACGAUGGAAUCUCAAUUCGAAAGCCCCGCUUCUGACUCAGCCUACCACCUCGACCUGGACUCUGACCACGCCGCCACGUCUCCUGAAGAUGAUAUGAACUUGGGACUUGUGGAGCCGCCCCAUGCCAGUGGAGUCUCUGGAAGCGGAGCCCGCAGAUCUGAUGCUACGGGCGUCCACGUUCCACUUUCCAGUCCGUCCUUUACUAUCGAAACUAGCAAUGCAAGCUCCAGGAAUAUCGUCAACUCUACCGCUAACUCCCAUCAUCUCCCGCCGCCGCCGCCUGCCCCGCCCUCUGGUGGCAAAUAUCGCAAAUGUUCCGCGUCUGCCGCGGCAACCACAAAGCAACAGCAGCCAGACAAUUUUGACUUGGAGGCGAAAAUAGAAGCCCUACCAUACCUGAGCCUCGACGACUUCACUCGUCGCAAGAAGGAACACAAGAAAAAAACUUCGUCUUCUUCCUCAAGCGGCGCGUCGCUCGCCCCCCACAACGGCGCGGCGUCGGGACCAUCGAACUCCAGGGCUCCUGACGGCGGCAUCAGAGACUCGCCCCUCAGGGAGGAAACUGGUCGUCCUGCUGCAAGAGUCGAUGGAACAUCACAUUUCUCAUCAAAAGGCGCCUAUGGUAGCCGAAUGGAUCAACAGUCGUCCUCUCACGCGGCACCUGAGCGCGCUCUUCAUCCGCCUCGCUUAACAAACGUUCACUACCGCCACCCUUCCAGUCCACACAACCCAUCCGGACCACACAAAACUUCCGGUCUUCACAACGCAUCCGGACCACACAACACAUCAGGUCAUCACAACACAUCAGGUCAUCACAACACAUCAGGUCAUCACAACACAUCAGGUCAUCACAACACAUUAGGUCUUCACAACACAUCAGGUCUUCACAACACAUCCGUUCAUCACAACACUCCCGGUCCACACAACACAUCCACUAGCUCCGAUACUCACAACCAUGUCAACCAUAGCAAUCACGUUUCCGAAGCAAGUCGUUAUAAAUACAAUACUAGCGACGCUAAAAAUCCAGUGAAAAAUGUUCCAGGUAGCGAGGCGAGCACCGCAGUAUGGAGUUGUAGCGUACAGACCAGUACGAGUAGUACAAACAGUGGCAGCAAUUCGUCGCUGAACAAUAAUAAUAGCAGUAGCAGUAGUAGCAGUGAAUGUUGUGAUGACUGCGAUCACACUCCUCUCACUGGCUCACAAAGACGUAAAGCGCGUAAACAGUCCAUCACUCGUCAUGAUCCGCUCUCAUCUAACACUAAUCUCAAGGCUUCUGUUGUGGAUCCCGGUGUGCUGUCCAGUAUGGGUCUGCAGACUCUAGCGGAGGCUGCCCUCGAACACCACAUCAUGAAGACUUAGUUAGACUCUCACCACCACAGUGGACGGGAUGCCGCUACUCCCUCCAGUCCUCAAACAUCAUGAAGACUUAGACCCUCACCACCGCACUGGACGGGAUACCGCUACACUCUCCAGUCCUCAAACAUCAUGAAGACUUAGACCCUCACCACCACAGUGGACGGGAUACCAC